CAUAACCUCAAAAGUAAACAAAUGCUUUUAAGCACGUGUCUGUUGUUUACCACAAUUAAAUAAUACAAAAAAGUAACAAUGCCGAAAGUGAAGGCAGAAAAAAAGAGCAGGGUACAUAAUGAAGUUGCCAAACAAGGUAUUAUGUUCAACAAAUCCUUUGGCCAACACAUCCUGAAAAAUCCGAUGAUAAUAACAGCCAUGUUGCAAAAGGCAGACGUACAACCCACCGACACUUGCUUGGAAGUUGGUCCUGGUACAGGAAAUUUGACCAUCCAAUUACUCGAGAAAGUGAAAAAAGUCGUGGCAUGCGAAAUAGAUACGAGACUAGUGGCCGAAUUGCAGAAAAGAGUGCAGGGCACUCCUUACCAACAAAAACUACAGAUUAUGAUAGGAGAUGUGCUGAAGGCUGAAUUACCAUUUUUUAAUAUCUGUGUUGCCAAUGUACCUUACCAAAUAUCUUCACCACUGGUUUUUAAAUUGCUGUUGCAUCGGCCGUUCUUCAGAUGUGCAGUGCUUAUGUUCCAAAAGGAGUUUGCUGAAAGACUGGUGGCCAAGCCUGGUGAUAAAUUGUAUUGUCGAUUAUCAGUUAAUACUCAACUGUUAUCUAGGGUUAGCAUGUUAAUGCAUGUAGGCAAAAAUAACUUCAGGCCUCCACCUAAAGUUGAAUCUGCUGUAGUUAGGAUAGAACCUAUAAAUCCACCUCCUCCCAUUGCUUAUAAAGAAUGGGAUGGCUUGACAAGGAUUGCAUUUAAUAGGAAGAAUAAAGUUUUAGGAAGCAUAUUUAAACAAUCUUCAGUAUUGGCUACAUUAGACAAAAACUAUAAGUUGCAUUGUAGUUUACAUAACAAAGAAGUGCCUGAAAACUUUGAUAUUAAAAUUAAAGUACAAGAAAUAUUGACAAACACAAAUAGGGAACAAACAAGAGCCCGAGAAAUGGAUGUGGAUGAUUUUAUGGGGUUGCUUUAUGCUUUCAACAAAGAAGGUAUACAUUUUUCCUAGUCUAUAAUGAAGAGGGUAAUUUUUAUAUCCCAUAUUGUAAAAAAAUAUUUACAUACAGUUCUGCCACAUUGUUAUUUUUGUCAAUAGGAUUUACUGAUAAUUUUUCCUAGUGAAAAAUUUAAUAUGUAUAGUUGUUUUUAUUUAAAAACGAAUUAUUGAUAUAAAAAGAGAAGGUGGCCUACAUACAUAUUUAUGAUUUUAAUAUCUUAGGAUAAUAUUGUUUGUAUAAAUAUUAAAUAAAUUAUAUUUAAGUUUUA